AUGGCUACUGGAUAUUCUUCUCCGACUUUGCAGGAUAUCGAGGUUCCCCAGUCUCAUCCAUAUCUUCACGAACCUCUGCUUUAUAUCUCCAAUCUUCCUCCUUAUGUCACCGAUGAAAAUCUUGCCAUGACCUUCCAGCCAUGUGCUCCAUUCAGACCCAACAUUGCGCGUGAUGGCAGUAAUCGCCCUCUCUCAGGAACCAUAGAAUUCAAGUACCUUGAGAAAGCGGAGAAGGCUCUCGCCACCUUGCAGUCGCGUCCGAUUCAGGGUUUGCAACCUUCCGUGUUUCUGGUCCUAUCUCCAUAUCCACCAACUACACCGCCGACACCACUCCCCCCUCCAUCCGCUCUGCCACGUCUUGUAAAGCAUCUUCCAGUUGGCUUUACUGAUUUCCAGCUUUAUGAUUUAUUCCGAUCAUUUGGCGCUCUUGCGUCUACUCGGACACAGACUGGAUUUGGAAGUGAUACCGGAGUUGUCGAGUUCUGGCGUGAAGAGGAUGCACAAGUUGCUGAAGAAGCCAUGCACUGUGCUGACGUUGAAGGACAAAACAUUGCUGUAACAGUAUACCAGGCGCGACGUACCAGUGGUACUGUCUCUGAGUUCAGCGCCCAUGCCCCAUCAUUUGUCCCAUCAGGAUCUGUAUUCCCAUAUCCUCAAUACUCGCCUCCUCGAGUGAGUCCAUACCCUGUUGCAAGAACCCCCAUAUUUGUUCAUGGCCCGGGUCAGCAAGUGCAACUUGCCCCAUUAUCGGGACCCGGAUCCAGUAGUCACAGUGGUCUGAUAGACCCUUGCAAUCUAUUCUGCAAGAAUUUAGAUCCCGAGAUAAACUCUAACGGUCUUUUCGCCCAUUUCCGCCAGUUCGGUCAGAUUGUCAGUGCUCGCGUGAUGCGGAACGAGAACGGCGAGAGCCGUGGUUUUGGAUUCGUUUCCUUCCAGACUCCCGACGCAGCUUCCGCUGCUAUGCACGCUAUGAAUGGUGUCGUUCUAGGCACAAAACAGCUAGUUGUCAGACUUCAUGAACCAAAACAGUUACGGCAAGAGAAACUCGCCCAGCGGUUUGGCCAUAACGGACAUCCUAGAAGUGCAAGCGGAGCAACAAGUCCUACUGCCAGUGAAGCUGGCGAGAGCUACAUUGGUUUCUCCAGUCCGCGCCGUGCUCCUUCUGUUCUCGGCUCGCCCGUUAUGGGUCAUAUUGACCGUCCGGACAGAGGCAGGCGGGGCUCAGGCAGUUACUAUAAUGCUGCUCUUUCCGGUACUCUUAAUUUGCCCAUGCGCUACGAUGAUCUUGCCGCGCUUUCACCUGUGGUGAGGAAGGAAGUUCUCACAGGUGAACUUAGCCGGCGAGUGAAGGCGAGUGACACUGUACCUGCCAACGAGGUCGAAGCGAUCGUUGAAUCUUUGGUAUCAAUGUCUCUGAGCGAAGCCGUCUCCGGUAUUCAAGAUCCUGCCAAAUUCGCCGAACAAAUUGCUACUGCCCGUAAUUCGCUCAAGCCUGCCAGCACACCCUCACCUAUGAAGUCACCCUCUCCCUCGAACUCUCAGGAUUCGCGUGUGCUCGACCCCAGCGCUCUGAAUGCUACUGCCUCGGCGCCAGAGCAUCCAUCUACCCCUAUUUCAAUCUCCGCUUCCCUGUCCACACCUCCACGCACCUCCUCUCCCUCUGGCUCGGUGCCACCUAUUUCUGAACAAGAUCGCAUGGCUGUGGCUGUAAGCAAACUCGAGUCAUCCAGGCAGGCCGACCUCGUCGAACUUCUCAUGAGUCUUCCCAAGCGCGAGCGUGCCCUGUGCCUGUUCAACGCUGAUGUUUUGCGAGCAAAGAUAGCAGAUGCGAAAAUGGUCCUGGAUAGUGAUGAUGGAGAUGAGGAACAGCAUAAGCCGGAUACUCAGUCUAUCCAAUCUGCUCCUGCACAGCCCGUCCCAGCGACGCCUCAAGCAAAGAAGAUCGUUGCAACUAUUGAGAGCUCUCCCAAGACUCCUGCAUUGUCAUCCAAGGGUCCCUCUGCUGCAUCGUCCCCCGUGCCAGUUACACCUGGAUCUUCUUCGUCACAUACGAUCGCAUCUCUAGCACGUUUACCUGCUACCGAGAUUAUUAAGCUCGCAAAUUCAUCGUCAGCAACCGGCCUCCCCCUGCCGAAAGUAGAUCCGUUGGUCGUCAAAACUACAGAUGAGUUUAUCGACAGCCUUAUGGAUAAGCCAAUACAAGCACAGAAGCAACAGCUUGGCGAUAAGCUGUAUCGAGCUAUCAAGGCAUUUGGUAUCAAGGGCGCACCUAAACUUACCAUUGGCCUGCUUGAUCAAGACGAUCUCCGGGCUCUAGCUCAUCUUAUGAAUAGCUACCCUUCUGUGCUCAAGGAAAAGGCUCUCCUCCUUCAGGCCGGCGGCAAGUAA